UCAAUACCAAGAAUGGAGCUCAAUGCCGCUGUCUUACUCGCUCAACUGGUACUCUACAUUAAGAAUGUCUUGAAACUUGAAAAUGUACCAAUUUUCUUGUGGACAGACUCCGCUGUAUCCGUAACGUGGAUACGAAACAACCCCGCUAGAUGGAAAGUCUACAUUCGCAACAGAGUUACCAAGAUUCAAGAAUCGCUACCAAGUGUCAAUUGGGUUUUUUUCCAGGGAAACUUAACCCAGCUGACUGCGCUUCAAGAGGUUUAACAGCAGCUAAACUAGAACAGCAUUCGCUAUGGUGGACGGGACCUAAGUGGCUCAGUCAAUCAAAAGAAAACUGGCCAUCUUUUGACAUCCCUACGCAGACGGUAUCACAUCUUGAGGAACGUCCAGGUCUGGUUUUUACCAUCUUCAAGGCAGAUUCACACCCGCUACAUACGCUACUGGACAAAUUUUCUAAGUUGUCACCACUACUUCGCACGCUUGGUAUCUGCCUACGUGCCAUCGCUAAAUUUAAAAAAGUGCCACAGCCCACAUUGGCCACACCACUCUCUACAGUUGACCUGGAACUCGCUAAGACUUUGCUGAUCAAGUAUACGCAAAGUCAGUACUAUUCACAGGAGCUGAAACUACUGAAAGAUGGUGAUUCUCUACAACGAAAUCAUCGUCUCGCUAAAUUGAUUCCCUACGUCAACUACAAUGGAGUACUCAGAGUCGGCGGUCGCUUGAAGAGUUCUCUACUCGAUGAUGAUCAGAAAAAUCCAGCUAUUUUACCAAGAUCAUCAUGCUUAACUACGCUACUGAUAGAACAUUCGCAUCAGAAAACAUUCCACGGGGGAACUCAAUUGACUCUCGCUAAUCUACGGAGAUCUGUCUGGAUAGAAGGUGGGCGUGUUCCAGUCAGGUCUCACAUUCUUCGCUGCGUCGUGUGCACGAGACAUAGAGGUGUUCGUGCACAACAAUUAAUGGGACAAUUGCCAUCCGCUCGUGUAAGACCAUCUAAAGCAUUCUUACACACUGGAAUAGACUACGCUGGGCCAGUAACACUGAAGACAUUUCAAGGUCGAGGUGCGAAAACUUAUAAAGGUUGGAUCGCUGUAUUCGUAUGUCUCGCUACGUCCGCUAUACACAUUGAAAUUGUCAUCGACUAUUCUACCGACGCUUUCGUCGCAGCAUUCAGAAGAUUCACUAGUAGGAGAGGCGCCUGCAGUACCCUAUACUCGGACUGUGGUACAAAUUUUGUAGGAGCAGACGCCACGCUAAAGAGAGAAUUCGCAGCAGGAUCGAGACAGCUACGGGAACUUCAGUACUUACUCGCUACAGAUGGCACAGACUGGAAGUUCAACCCGCCAAGUGCUCCCCAUUUUGGUGGCAAGUGGGAAGCAGCCGUCAAGUCAAUCAAGUUCCAUCUUAUUCGAACUAUUGGUGAAUCGCUAUUGACUUACGACCAACUCGCUACAGUGCUAACACAGAUUGAAGCUGUGCUCAAUUCAAGACCGAUCGCUCCGCUAUUUGAAGAUCCUGCAGACUUAACCGCUUUGACUCCUGGACACUUUCUCAAUGGUGAACCUCUAAUCGCUGUACCAGGACCGUCGCUACUGGAAAACAAUACCGCUACGUUGUCACGCUGGCAACAAUUACAACAAAUGUUCCAGACAUUCUGGACUAGAUGGUCGUCCGAGUAUUUACAACGACAUCAAUCAAUCUCUAAGUGGCAUCAUCCAUCUAAUAUCAUCAAAGUGGACUCAUUAGUCCUGCUGACUGAUGAGAGGUUCCCACCAUCAAAAUGGCCACUCGCUAGAGUACUAGCAUUACAUCCAGGACGAGAUGGGUUGACUCGAGUAGUCACCCUGAAGACCGCUACAACUGAACUUGUUCGACCAAUCGCUAAACUGUGCGUGCUGCCAGUUCACUCUCCAGAUGACAAUCCUGUCGACACCGUCACCAGCGCUGGGGAGAAUGUUCAGUCAAGAGCAAACUCGCUACCACCUGAGAACGCUGAGCCUCACCAAUAGGUCGGCAGCACUUUCGCUAUUUGAACUUACGCGCGAGAUCUUGGCCAAUAAGGAAAAUCCAUCAUUCAAAUCAAUUAGUUCCAACAAUGAAUAAGAGAGUUCCGACAUGAAACGCACUCAUUGGCUUCAGAUCUCAACGAGCUACGUGGAUUUUCCCUAUUGGCUGAAAUCUCGUUAGCGUCGCUUUCUAAUUUUCUUAUUGGUCUACCGCUCUGACGUCACAAGGAAACCGAUGUGUGGGUUUCAUAUACGACGUUUUCUUCAAUUAAUUAUCAACGUGCUCUUCUACAGUUCACCUCGUGUGCUAAAACCGCUUAUUAAAUCCAGUAUUUCUUUUGUGCUAAUUAAAAGUAAACCGCUCAGCUAAUUACUCUCAAUAGGUAGUCAGUGAAUUGAGGCUGCUAUUUAUUGGGAAUAAAUAAAUCGUUCAUUCACGCGUAAUUAAUAUUGAAGUAAUUCCGUGAAUAUAACCGCUAUCAACCACGUGUUGCUUUUAUACGUGCGUAUUAAGUUUGCAUUCGCUACCCAGUAUUAUUGCCGCAUUCGCUACACAGUAUUUUCUUACAGUUUAAGUGUAUAUAAGUGUAAAUAAAUCUAUAAUUUAUAUUUGAUAAUCCUUGAGUAAUUUUUAAUUGUUUUAAACCUUCACGCCACAACCAGAUCCAAUUUAGUUACCCUCUCAUUUUACAUAAUUAAUUCGCUGUUUCAAUUUUACAGAGAAUCCCAGUUUUAUUUGUUUUAUGUAGCUCUCGAACCGCAGCUAUGUAUAAUGCUGUUCGGGAAUUUAUUAUUGAAAGCGCGGGUGAAAUUCAAAAUCACUUGCGAUGUGUUGUAACUGAUUUUGAAGCUGCCAUUAUUUCCUCUAUAAAAAACUCUUUUCCCUUAGUGCAGAUCAGAGGAUGUUGGUUCCACUGCAUAAGAGCUAUGACACGCAAAUCGAAUUCUUUACGACUUCCUCGCGACAAUGAUCAAACGCUCAGAGAGGCUUGGGCAUUGCCUUUAAUUCCACCUGAACUCUUUCAAACAGCUAUUGAGCUUAUUACUGAGACAGCCGAGCAGAUUGAAGGACAACAUGAAAACGUCGUAAUGUUCAUUUAUUAUUUACUUCGACAAUGGUUACCUUUGGCCAACAUUGUCUCAGUGUGGAACUCACCUUGGCGGACCAACAAUUUCGCAGAAGCUUUUAAUCGGCAUCUAAUAUCAAGAUUGAAUGGAGAAUAUCCUUCAUUAUUUACAUUCUUAGCACAAUUACAAUAUAUUAUCUGUAAUAUGGAGAUCCAAUGGGGACGUUUAGAUGCCGGAAUAGAUAUAAAUCGUCAACGCCGAUCAAAUCAGCGUCAUCACGACAUCCGCAUUCAGAAUCUUCAAGCAUCCUUGAGAUCUGAAAGGGAAGUAAAGUAAGAAAUGUCUCAGAUCACAUGUAAUUGUUGGCCGAGCCGAAACCGGGAAUAUCGGGAAUUAUCCAGGAAUUUAAUGCAACUGGGAAAUAUCAUGGAAGUAUCAGGGAAUUUCGAAAAGUAUCCUGGAAUUAAAUUGUGAACAGCUGCCAAAUAUUGGGAAUAUUAAACAUCUCAAUGUUAUGCUGCAGGAUCGUUAAUCUAUAAAUUAUGUUAUGAGUGUAAAUGUAGCAGACGUCACACGAAUUUAAAAAUAUAAAUAAUUACAAAUCAAACAUCAAUUUGCCACAGUUUGCCGAUUUACAAGAUCCAGGCAGUAACCCCAGACACCGCACGUCAACUCCUGCAAUCAAUACAAUGAAUGAUUCGCUGUUAGUAAGAAGUCACCGCAUCUCCCCAUCAUCGUUGUCAAGCCUCCAUUUACGUCUCCUAACGUCGUCACGAACAAUAGGAAGUCGCACCUCUCCGCUGCCAUUGCCUCUACAUUCUGAUGGAUCAAACUCACCGUCGUCCAAUCCUGGACCAUCGAGCCAUGGAACUCAGCCUUCACAGGUGUCCCAAGCAACAGGUCGUAUCUCCCCUACACCGCUGUCAGUCGAAUCUCAAGAUCCUCAAGAUUCUAAUGGUACAAGUAUUGAACCAACUCCUGGAACAUCAGGUGAUAGGCUGCAGCCUUCGAAAGUACUGAUGGACGAUACUUUUCUGCUAGAAUCUGAUAUGAGUGAAGAUGAAGAUACUCCAGCAAACGUGGUAGUUACUCCCCCAAGCCAACCGUCAACAUCGAGAGGAGUAUGCUGCUUUUGCUAUGAAGAUCCUCCAAUAGCAGCCUACAAUCGAUGUGGUCAUCGCUGCGUCUGUGAAGCCUGUUUCAAGAGGUUAUUCGAUGGGUCUAAUGCAGGUGACAGAGUACGUUGUUAUAUAUGCCGUCAAUACUCGGACGCCGUCAUACAAAUUUUUGAUGCUUAGAUUAGUAAAUUUUGUUCUCAAAAUUUAGACAUAAUAUUUGAAAAAUUUGUAUUUUUAAAAUUUUUUUUUUGUUUUUUAUUUUUUUUGAGUACCAUUUGAAAAAAAAAUCUUAUAUAUCCAAUUUUUUUAAGACAUUUCAUCACAUGAUAUAUCGCCUUGCUGAUGCCAGAAGGACUUUUAUUUUUAUAGGCUCUUUUGCCUUUAAGGAGAUCCCAAAAUCCAAAAGAGCCUAAAAAAUAUGUCCUUUUGGUAUGAGCAACGCGAUAUUUCUAAAUAUACAAAUAUGCUAAAUUUUUUUUAGAAAUUUAUGUUCGAAAUUUCGGAAAAAAAAAGAAACACCAAGAAUAUGUGUUCUUUUUUUGUUUUGAUGUGUUUUAUUGGGGCAGAUGUAGGGCACUUUCCAAGCUGUAGGAAAGCAGCCGGUUUUAAGCUCUUAAAAUUUUUUUUUUUUUUUUUUUUAUUCUUUUUUUUUUAUUUUAAAUAGUAUUAUAUAGAAAAAGGGUUUAUUCAUCGCCCUCCACUAAUACAUUGUUAAUAAAGAUUAAUAAAGAUUAAUAAAGUAAAUAAUUAAUAAAAUGAAAUUAAAAAAAAAAGGUACUUGUUUACAAUCACUCCUCCACCUGUUUGUAUCAAGCAAAAAACCAAAAUUAUGCAAAUUGCCAAGAGACUUGUUUCAUUCUCUGGCAUUUGUCGGCGCAUUAAAGAUGUGUUUGCUUAUUUAGGUGUUAUUUAAGCAUUAAUAAAUUGUACAUGUGUACCAUAGGUAUAAAUUAGCUUGAUUUCAAGAUUAA